AUGACCCUACCUAUUCCACCAAAGGGCGCUGCCUCGGAGCCAUCUCGGGGAUUUAGUGCUUCCGAAGCCUUGACGCCACUCAUCGAAUCGACCUAUACUUCCCCAGACAUUACUUGCUUCAUCAAUGGGAGGAGGACUAUCAUUAGCAAUCCAAACCCACAUUGGACGUUGCUGGACUACAUCCGCGCACAGCCGGACCUCAAGGGUACCAAGCUAGGGUGCGGCGAAGGAGGGUGUGGAGCAUGCACAGUGGUAUUGCAGGUGGGAGACCGACGCAAUGAUCAAAGGAGGAUACAGCAUCUCGCAGUGAAUGCAUGUCUAUUCCCGCUGGUCGGCAUCGACGGCAAACAUGUCAUUACCGUCGAAGGCAUUGGUAACGUCGACAGACCGCACCCACUGCAGGAGCGGAUAGCGAAGCUUCACGGCAGCCAAUGUGGAUUUUGCACGCCUGGGAUUGUCAUGAGCUUGUAUGCCGUAGUCAGAAACUCGUACAGCCCUGCGACGAAGAAGUUCCAUCUCAGCGCUCAUGAGAUCGAGAUGGAAGGCCACUUGGACGGCAACCUUUGCCGAUGUACAGGAUACAAACCCAUCUUGAACGCUGCCAAGACAUUCGUAACCGAAGACUUGAAGGGACAACUUGUCGAAGAAGACGAGCCAACGACUGCAGAUGCUGAGAAGUUUGCCAAGGAGGUGGUCGACUUUACCAAGACCAGCGCUUCUACACAGUCAAAGGUGUCGUGCGGACGGCCUGGAGGCUGCUGUCGAGACCGGCCUUUGACAUCAGAUAGCAGCUCGUGUGGCAGCAAGUCUGCAACGUCAUCGCCGCCGACAGAACCAUCUUCGACAUCGGACGACGAACACAUUCCCGCGAUCGUUGACGCAAAGAAAGAGCCACAGACGGACCGCGACUUGAGCGGAGCAGACUACGCGAAGCCCAUGAAGAGCAAGGAGCACAAUGCAGAUGCUGAAACCAAGGCUACAACAAUACUUGCAGCUCCUGCUGCACCGUCAGAAAGAGGUGUUCCUCGAGUCGAAUUUCGAGAAUACAUGCCGGAUACAGAGCUUAUUUUCCCCCCAGCACUGUGGAAGUGUGAGCCUCAGCCGUUGUGCUACGGCAACGAGAAGAAAAUCUGGUUCCGACCUACAAAGCUGGAGCAUCUGACCGAGCUGAAAGAUGCCUAUCCGUCUGCGAAGCUUGUAGGAGGCGCUAGUGAAGUGCAGGUCGAGGUGCGCUUCAAAAAUUCCGACUUUGCUGUGUCUGUCUAUGUGUCGGACAUUGCAGAAUUGAAGCACACCAAACUUGCAACAGAUGCAGAGUUGGACAAUGCAAAAGAACUGGUCGUGGCAGCGAACACACCAUUGACUGAACUGGAGGCGAUUUGCAAGGACGUAUAUGCAAAGCUAGGUAAACGGGCAAUGGUACUGGAGGCCCUGCGAAAGCAGCUUCGGUACUUUGCUGGUCGACAGAUUCGCAACGUUGCAUCGCUUGCUGGAAACAUCGCAACAGCUUCACCAAUUUCCGACGCGAAUCCGGUGUUGAUAGCAGCUGGUGCAACGCUGGAGGCAGUCAACAAGAAAGACGGCAGUGUCAGCCUUCCAAUGUCGAAGUUCUUUCUCGCCUAUCGAACGACGACCUUGCCGCCCGAUGCUGCCAUCGCGCGCAUUCGUAUACCCAUCCCUCCCAAAGGCACCAGGGAAGUAUUGAAAGCGUACAAGCAGGCCAAACGGAAAGACGACGAUAUCGCCAUCGUCACGGCUGCGUUCCGGAUACGUCUCGAUCCGCAAGACUGUGUUGAAGGUGUGUCUAUCGUAUAUGGCGGCAUGGCACCGACAACGAAAGAAUCACCAAAGACCCAAGCCGCUCUGUUGGGCAAGCCCUGGUUCCACUCAGAAACCCUGGAUGCCGCUCUCAGUGGCUUACUUGAGGAUUACGAUCUACCGUACGGUGUUCCGGGAGGCAUGGCGGAUUACCGAAAGACACUCACACUUUCGCUCUUCUUCCGGUUCUGGCACGAGUCUGCCGCAGAACUCGGACUGGGCAACGUGGAUGAACAAGUCGUCGAUGAGAUACAUCGCUCCAUCUCAACCGGCACAAGAGACGAAUACAAUCCUCACGAACAACGUGUUGUGGGCAAACAGGUUGCACAUCUCUCCGCUCUAAAGCAGUGCACAGGAGAGGCCGAAUACGUCGACGACAUGCCACGGCUCGACCGUGAGCUUUUCGGCGGCCUGGUACUGUCAGCAAAAGCCCACGCCAACCUCCUCAGCGUGGACUGGGAGCCUGCGCUCGCCAUGCCAGGUGUCGUUGGCUACAUCGACAAGAACAGCAUCCCUGCCGACGUCAACGUGUGGGGUUCCAUGAAGAAGGACGAGUUGUUCUUCGCAGACGACAAGGUCCUCAGCCACGGACAGGUCAUUGGAAUGGUAUAUGCGGACACUGCGCUAGAAGCUCAGGCGGCUGCACGUGCAGUCAAGGUCGAAUACGAAGUGCUCAAGCCAAUCUUGACCAUCGACGAAGCCAUUGCCGCCAACAGCUUCUUUGCACAUGGCAAGCACUUGAGGAAGGGUCUUGCCAUUGAUGACAGGAUGGACGACGCCUUUGCUCAGUGCGACAGAAUCUUCCACGGCGUAACGAGGAUGGGCGGACAGGAGCAUUUCUAUCUCGAAACGAAUGCGGCGCUCUCUAUUCCGUCUGGCGAGGACGGUGCAGUGGAAGUCUGGUCGUCUACACAAAACACCAUGGAGACGCAAGAGUUUGUCAGCGCGGUUCUGGGUGUGCCAAGUAACCGCAUUAAUUGCCGCGUGAAGCGCAUGGGAGGCGGGUUUGGAGGCAAAGAGUCCCGCAGUGUCCCCUUCGCCGUCUACACUGCCAUCGCUGCUAGGAAAGAGAAGCGGCCAGUGCGAAUCAUGCUGACCCGUGACGAAGACAUGCUGCUCAGCGGCCAAAGACAUCCAUUCCAGGCACGCUGGAAAGUCGGCGUUUCGAAAGAGGGGAAACUGCUUGCUCUGGAAGCCGAUGUCUACAACAACGGUGGCUUCUCGCAAGACAUGAGCGGUUCGGUGAUGGACCGAUGUCUUACGCACCUCGACAAUUCCUACGAGUGUCCCAAUGUCUUUCUGCGUGCGCAUGUCUGCCGAACGAACAUCCACAGCAACACAGCCUAUCGCGGCUUCGGCGCACCCCAAGGCAUGUACUUUGCGGAGACGCUCAUGUACAACAUUGCCGAGGGUCUGGGAAUGGACGUCGAUACGUUGCGCCAAAAGAACCUCUACACCAUCGGCCAACACACUCCCUUCUUCCAGAAGAUCGAUGAGGAUUGGCAUGUACCCAUGCUCCUGCAUCAGCUCUCCAAAUCCGCAGACUACGAGCGCAGAAAAUCCGAAGUCCAGUCUUUCAACACGGCCAACCGGUGGAAGAAACGCGGCAUCACUCUCAUUCCGUGCAAAUUCGGACUCAGCUUCGCCACAGCUUUGCAUCUCAACCAAGCCGCCGCCUACGUCAAGAUCUACGCCGACGGCAGCGUGUUGCUGCACCAUGGCGGGACAGAGAUGGGCCAAGGUCUGUACACGAAGAUGUGCCAGAUUGCAGCCCAGGAGUUGGGCACGCCGCUCGACUCCAUCUACACACAAGACUCGCAGACGUAUCAGAUUGCCAAUGCGUCGCCGACCGCAGCGUCUUCAGGUUCCGAUCUGAACGGGAUGGCGGUGAAGAACGCAUGCGACCAGAUCAAUGAGCGCUUGGCACCGUACAGAGAAAAGUACGGGGCUGAUGCACCGCUGAAGACACUUGCACAUGCUGCCUACGUUGACAGGGUGAACCUCGCAGCCAACGGGUUUUGGAAAAUGCCAAAGGUGGGAUACAUUUGGGGCGACACAAACUGGGACACGGUGAAGCCGAUGUACUACUACUGGACGCAGGGAGCGGCGAUCAGUGAGGUCGAGCUUGAUCUGCUGACCGGAGACCACACUGUGUUGCGGAGCGACAUCAUGAUGGACGUGGGCAACUCGAUCAACCCAGCCAUCGACUACGGCCAGAUCGAAGGCGCCUUUGUGCAGGGCCAGGGCCUGUUCACCAUGGAAGAAUCGCUCUGGCACACCGCGUCGGGCCAGCUCUUCACAAAGGGCCCCGGCACGUACAAGAUCCCCGGCUUCAGCGACAUCCCGCAGAUCUUCAACGCAUCCAUGCUGCGCACCGACAACGACGGGAACCCGCUGUCGUGGAACCACCUGCGCAGCGUGCAGAGCUCAAAGGGCAUCGGAGAGCCGCCGCUGUUCUUGGGGAGCACCGUGUUCUUCGCGUUGAGAGAGGCCGUGAAAGCGGCGAGGCGGAUGAACGGCGCGACGACCGUGCCGGGGGAGUGGAGCUUUGACUCGCCGUCGACGUGUGAGCGGCUGAGGUUGGCGGUGGGGGAUGAUUUGGUCAGGAGGGCGGCGACGGUGCGGAAGGAGGGGGAUGUGCCGUUUUUGACGGCCGUUGCUUGA